UGGAAAGCGUGCGAAAGAAAAGGCAAUAAUAAAAGGAGAAAAGAGAGAAAGAGACGAAGCAAAGAAAUUAAAAAGACGAAACCAGAGAGAACGAAAAAGAAGGGUGGCAGUACCAUCGAACAAUUUCAUGUCCAUCUUGCCUGACAAAGCCCAAGGAUCCACUUCGUCUUCGUCUUCAUCUCCCUCUUCUGCAAACCCUACCCUUUCCAAUCAUGGAACCUUCUUCUCAUCCUCACCUCAAUCUCAAUCUCAAUCUCAAUCUCCCUCCCGCCAAUUCCACGCAUUUGGAUCGCUUCAGAUCGCCCACUCUCACUCUCACUCUCAAUCACCUCCCAACGAUAUGUCGCCAGAAAGUUCAGGCCCCUUCGUCUCUGGAACUCAAGAUUCUGGUGGGCUUUCCAAAGAGGUAACUGAGUUGGGGAGAAAUGUUGACAAUAAUUUAUCUCAUCAAAUGCCCAAUGUGCAUUCCCAGAGUCGCUCUGGAGGACGAGGAGCUGGAUCAGCCCAGGGUAGAGGGAAGUUCUCAGGAACCACAGUUUCUCCUCGAAACCAACAAGUUUCUGGACAUGUUAAUUCUCAUGGAAGCUCUGCAUCCUCGGGAGGAAGAAAAGCUCAAGUAACGAGUGGCAAUCACUUGUUAAAUUUCCAUUAUGACCCUAUUUCUCGUUCUCAACCAAGAGCUCCUCCUCCAAGAAGGCAUCACAAGAUAAAGCCGUACAAUAAAGAUCUAUUUCUUCAGGCAAACUAUAAAUUUGUGGUGCUAGAUUCUGGAAACUAUACUGCUGAAUCAAUGGAUCCAGAUAAAAUGUUACGGUGGGAGGACAUUAUAUGCUUGAGAUACUCUACCUCGUCUACUGUUCAAUGUCCAAUUUGUCUGGAAUCUCCUCUUUGUCCCCAGAUAACCUCAUGUGGACAUAUAUUUUGUUUCCCAUGUAUUCUUCAGUACUUGUUAAUGGGGAAGGAGGAUGCGAAAGGUGAUUGCUGGAAAAGAUGUCCUUUAUGUUUUGUUAUGAUAUCACCCAAGGACUUGUAUACUCUUGUCAUUGAGAAUGUUAAUGAGUACAGGGUUGGUGAUAAGGUAGAGCUUCUGCUUUUAACUAGACAGAAGGACUCCUCUAUGCUGUUCCACAAAAACAAACAGGAGAAAGAUAUAAACGUAGGUAGCCCUGAAGAAACUUAUGAUCCAUUUUCAAAAUUUACAUUUACAUCAGAUGUAGAUCUGUCGGUCAGAAAGGCAAUUUCUGAUCUAGACGGUUGGUUAGUAAGGGCAGACGCAGGGCUUGUUGAUGACCUAGAGAAGCUUCCAUAUGUAUGUGCUGCAAUGGAACAUUUAGAACAGAGAAAGAAAUAUUGGGAUGAGCACCGAGCAUCUGAUAAUGUUAAAUCUUCUGAAUUCGGUCGGAAUACUGGUUCAUAUGUUACACAGCCAGUUGCAAAUGCUACUCAAAAUAACAGUGAUUUAGUAGUCUCUGAUACUUUGUCUACUGAGGUCUCUGAUAAAAAUAAGAAUUUUGACAAUAUAGGAGAGGUUUGUUUAGAUGCACAGAUCUGUUCUGAUCACCCUGCUGAUGCCUCUGAAUCAUUAGGGCCCCAAGAAGUUGUGUUAUCUUCUUCGUACGAUGAAAGCAAUGACAGGAACUCGAAAGUCUUUGGAGAUGUGAAGGAGAAGGAUUCUUACAAUUUUUACCAGGCAGCUGAUGGUCAGCACAUCAUUCUCCACCCAAUAAAUAUGAAGUGUCUUCUACAUCAUUUUGGGAGCGCCGAUUUGCUGCCUGACAGAAUUUCUGGGAAGAUUUUGCAAUUAGAGACAGUGACUCAGUCAGAAGCCAUAAGGAGGCGCUUUCGCUUCUUGAGCCAUUUUUCUUUAACAACAACUUUUCAGCUAUGUGAAAUCGAUUUGAGCGAGCUUUUACCCCCUGAUUCCUUGCUUCCCUUUAUUGAGGAAAUUAAGAAACGUGCAAAGCAAAGGAAGCAAGUUGCUCGCAAGGAGCGGAAAGAGAAAAUCAAGGCUGAAGCUGCUGUAGAGGGCCCAAUGCCUAUAUAUUCUAGUUUUGUGCAGUCAUCUCGUGAUGAAUCCCCUAUUUUCUCCAUGGAUGACUUUGAAGCUCUAGGAACUUCACCUGUGGCAUCAUCAAGCACUUCAGUUGUUGGGGAACGGAGGCUCUUUUCAAAUGUUACGAAGCUUGGUUUUGCUGCUGGGCAUGAUUCUCCAUCUCUAAAAAUUGAGGAAAUUAGUUCUCAGCUUGAAAACCUUGCGACAACCGAGUCUUCUUCUGCUGGUUCAAGAAACACCGGUGUACUGUCAUUCGCUAAUGUAAUAUCUAGAGACAAAGCCGUUAAAAGCUUAGAGGCACCGAAGAUGAACGAAUUGGGAAAGAAAGGCAAGAAACCAAGCCGCGUCCUUUUGUCUACAGCAGGUGGUCGGCGCUAUUAACUUUCAUCACAGUAAUGGCAAAAUUACAAGGCAUCUCUAGUUCAUUAUAAAAGAAUAAUUCUAGGGUUCCUGUCCUCUUUUAGCUGUACAAAGUGCAUCUACUUCUGAGACUGUCCGUGUAUUGGCCUUGGCGGCUUCUUUUUCUUCCUGCAAAUAUUGUGGGGUUUUUACCACACUUUCCACAUUGUGUUCUUACCAACGAAGGUUCAUCAUAAAUACAAAUAUGUAAGAAAUUUAAUUAAUGUGUUUAUGUUUCGAGCUUCUUAUGAGAAAAAUUAGAAAUUUUUAUUGUGGAUUUUAGUAAUAUGUUUCUAUUGCAAAGUCAUGUUCAUGUACUUGGGUUGGAGCAAUAUUACAAUCCAAUUUCAGUGGCAUUCUAAGUUUGCCUGCUUGAAA